UAUCAGUUGAUAUAAGCAAAUGGAAAAACAUAAGAUUUUAGCUAAAAAUAUGUGUGGCAUGUGUUGCAUGCGGCAGGCAGGCUGUUAACUGAUGGCACAUCCAUUUAAAUGCAAUUUGACCCGAUAACGAGCUGCGAUAAGCAAGCGCCGCACAUGCAACGACUAAAAGCCAAAUGAAUUUGCUAUUUACUUGGCUCACUUGUCCACUGGCUCCCGGUUGCCCGGUGGAUUCACUCGCUGUCUGGUUAUCGUCUCGUCAUGUUGUCCAGCGAUACGCAGCAAAAAGCUUACAACAUUACAUUGAUGUACGCUAUGGUCUGGACUAUUAACAGCCACUAUGCCAGAGACUCGGGCAUGCCGCUGAGCAUUGUGCAUUAUGCAACGAAGAACGAGAGUCGCGAUUUGCACAACGAUCUGAUUGAUGAAACGUUGGGCUUGGCAUCUGGCGCUGAGCGCGUCAUAUUUCUGCUGGAGAACGAACACAUUGAGGGCGAUGAGGAGACACCAUUGGAUGCACUGCCCCCGUCACCAACUAGCGGAAUAGCGGGAAGGGAAACGGCCAUUUUGCUGCUGGACAGCAUGCGGGCGUACAUGCGUCUGGAGCAGCGUAUACUUCAGCCGAAUAGCUUUUUUAAGCGAAAUGGCUACUACUGUAUUGUGUAUACGGGCCAGGAGACGCAUCGACUCACUACAAUUGCGAGGAUCUUUCGACGUUUGCUCGCCAUCUAUGUGAUCAAUGUGAAUGUGCUGCUGGGUGGCCGGGAAACUGGAAUAGUUCACGUCUACACCUACUAUCCAUAUCAAUCGGAUGGCCAAUGUCAGUCGUCGAAGCCCGUCCACUAUGCCACCUUCCGGGGUGGUUUGGGUGCACAGCCGCAGAUUCACGUGGACAAUAGCGUGGACUACUUCGAUGAAAAGGUGUACAAUAUGUAUAGCUGUGAGUUAGUCACCGCCACCUUCGAGCAUCUGCCCUUUGUCAUCAUCGAAAGGGAUCACAGUCUGGCCGAUGGAGAGCGUAUUCAUGGCAUCGAGGGAAUGAUCUAUCGCUUGCUGGCUGAACGCAUGAACUUCACCAUUAAGCUCAUCGAAGAGCCGAAUCAGAAUCGUGGCUUUUCUUUACCCAAUGGCACCUUAACGGGCACCAUGCAACUGAUCGUUAACGGUACGGCAAAUAUAACCUUCGUCUCAUCGAUGUACAAUAGGGAACGCGCCAAGUAUAUGCUUCCCAGCAUCUCGUAUACCAGUUUUCCCAUUGUGCUGUGCGUGCCCGGCGGCAGCCAGUUGACGCCGAUGCAGCGUCUGACCAAGCCGCUGGGCUAUUUCAGCUGGCUAUGCACCGUGCUCAGUGUGCUUGUUGGCUUUGGGGUAAUUGGUAUGCUGCAGUUGCUAGCAAGGCCACGACUACGUCGCUUCGUGCUCGGCGAUCACAACCGACUGCCCAGCACACAAUUGUGGUCCACGUUGCUCGGUGGCAUGCACCUGCAUCCGCCUCGUCGCAAUUUUGCGCGUUUUCUGCUAGCAAUGUGGCUGCUCCAGACGCUUGUCCUGCGCGCCGCCUAUACGGGCGACCUGUAUAUCCUGCUGCAGGAUGGACGCGUACGCACUCCGCUCCGAUCACUGGCCGAGGUGCUCGAAAAGAAGUAUAUAUUCUAUUUGGUGCCCGCAUUGCUGCCCAUAUUCCGUGAAAUGGUGCCGGAUAAUCGGAUCGUUGUGGAGCACAAUAUUGGUCAAAGGCUGAGGCAGUUGCGCGACAAUAGUGAUGUGCAAAUGGUGAUACCAUUGAUCCAGCCGAGUGUCGAUAGUUUUAACAUGGCCUCCGGUGCCGAGAAGAAUCGCCUGGCCGUGCUCAGAAUUCCACUGAUCACCGCACCGAUUACGAUGUACAUGCGACCGCAUUCGUAUUUGGAGCACCGGAUCAAUAAGCUGCUCAUCAACAUGAUGUCCUCGGGCCUGGUGCAUCGGUUCCGUCGCAUGUACCUUGAUCGCAUCGAGCAUAUCCCCGCUCAUCGCAAUCGUGCACCAACCAAACUUAGUGCCUGGCUACUGGGCGGACUCUUCGGCAUAUUUGUCCUCAUGCAACUGCUCGCCUCCAUCGUUUUCCUGCUUGAACUCGGCGCCGCCCAGCCACAGAGAUUUCGCCUGCGGCGACUGAUGAAUGCAGCCAAUCGUUAUUUGGUCUAAGCCGGUCGAAAUUUAACUCGAUUUCUUAUUUAUGCUUUCCGUAACACGGGUCUCGAGCCGGCUAGUAUACCUUCUGGUAUACAAUAUAAUCAGUUUUUUUUCCAGUAUGCUUCAGUUCCUUCUAACAUAAAUGCAAACUGGUACUCAGAAAUCAAGAGAAACAGAUGCGGCAGCAGAGCUGGUGGGAGGCAUUUGGACAACGGCAAGCCAGAUGUCUCCUAGGUUGUUGUAAUCUUAAACGAUUUAAGUAGAUUAACCAUGGGAAAGAACAAUUUUAGAAUACUUACCGGUCUAAUGACGGGACACUGUAGACUAAGAAGUCACUUAACUAGACUAGGUAUAUAUAGUAACGAACUCUGCAGGUUCUGUGAAAAAGGAAUCCUAGCAGAAUGUGUCGCACUAGCAAGAAGAAGAUGUAGCUUUCUAUCGUAGUAGUCAAAUUAUCGUAUUUCAUCCGUAUUUUUAAAUUAAAUUU